CUCCCACGUCGGGUCCGCUUCGUAAACACCCCGUUUGAAGCGCGUCACUCGACGAUCCUCCGACUGCGCCGCACCGAGAGCUCUUCUAUCCACACCCCGAAGACUACCGCCAUGCUGCGCCCCAUGCUCCGCUCGCUGCCCCGCGCCGCGCCGUCGCUGCUGCUGGCGCGCGCGCUGGCCACGUCCGCGGGCGACGUCAAGAUCCAGAAGGUGGGCAUGGUGGGGCUCGGCCUCAUGGGCCACGGCAUCGCGCAGACCGCGGCGAGCGCGGGCUUCGACGUGGUGGCGCUGGACGCCAACCCCAAGGGCCUCGAGAGCGGCAUGAAGCGCAUCGAGGGCUCGCUGGCCAAGCUGCUGAGCCGCGGCGUCAAGAAGGGCACGCUCACGCAGCAGCAGGCGGACGAGCAGGCCGCCGCCACGCUGGCGCGCAUCACGCCCACGACGGAGCUGGACGGGCUCGCGGACUGCGACCUCGUGAUCGAGGCCAUCGUGGAGAACGUCGAGGUCAAGAAGGAGUUCUACGCCAACCUGGGCAAGGUGGCCAAGCCCUCGGCCAUCCUGGCGUCCAACACAUCGUCGCUGGCCAUCUCGGACUUCGCCGGCUCCUCGGGCCGCGCGUCGCAGGUCGUGGGCCUGCACUUCUUCAACCCCGUGCAGCUCAUGAAGCUCGUGGAGGUCGUGCGCACGGACGCCACGGACCCCAAGAUCUUCGACGCCUGCAAGCAGUGGGUGCUGGACAUCGGCAAGCACCCCGUGAGCUGCAAGGACACGCCCGGCUUCAUCGUCAACAGGCUGCUGGUGCCCUACCUGGCGCAGGCCAUCUCGCUCUACGAGCGCGGAGACGCCUCCAAGGAGGACAUCGACGUCAGCAUGCAGUUCGGCGCCGGACACCCCAUGGGGCCCAUCACGCUGGCGGACUACGUGGGUCUCGACACGACCCUCUUCAUCCUCGAGGGCUGGGUGCGCGACCACCCGAACGAGCCGGCCUUCUUCGUGCCCGAGAUCGUUCGCAAGAAGGUGGCCGAGGGCAAGCUGGGACGCAAGACUGGCGAGGGAUUCUACAAGUGGGACGGCGACAAGCGGCUGUAAGUAGAUGGAAGAACUACGUUUUGCGUACCUCGAGCAUCCAUUUAUCUACCCACCCGUAGGCGAACAACAAUUCAAAUAACUUGAAAAACUC